AUUUCACACUGCUGACCAUCCGGGUGUGUAGGAAGCCCAUUACAAAACCUGCAAUGAACGAGACCUGCUCCAUGCAUACAUCAGGUCAUCACAUGUGGCCACUAGCACGCAAUCUUCGCUUAGCCUCUGGCUUCCUGAUGCUCCAGUAUUAAUGGUCACUGGUUCUCAACAGCAUGCAUGAGCACCUGCUCGCCAUACUCAUGCCUGCUCGACAUCCUCGUGAAGUACGGUGACGUGCGGGAGAAUCAAGAUCAUGACCGUACCAUUCGCGAAUCACUACGCGACCCUAGGCAUGCCAGUAUGGGCGAGGCGUCAUGAGACCCUUGAAGCGUAUCUUGGGCGGCUUGAACGCACUGGAGGACGUGGCGAGCGCCCCGAAAUCUGGUCUCGACCACACCUCGAUCCUUCCGAAAGGCGGAUGGCGACGCAUUAGCCUGGUCGAAAUCACAGCCUGCGCCACUCUUCUCCAAGACGACCUGAUCUGGCGCCCAUUGAGCUCUGCAGUCGUUGUCGAACGCAACAAACCUAGCAAUGCCUACCAAAUUCUCAGCCAUCCGGUAAUGAAGACCGUCUACGAGAAUACAUUCUUCACACGCCUUCCGAAGCUACGAAAAGCUGCGUAUAAGUACAACGAUUAUGCAUGGGACGCGCCAGGAAGCGGCAGCACAUCGAAGCACGUCUGUGGAGCGCGUGUGUCUGGGGCGGCAAGGCCGAUGGCAAGGUGCCUGAAGUGGAAGCGUACAAUCGCGUCGACUGCUUGACAUGGUAUUCGGAGACGGAGAAGUGCAUCAUCGCUCCUUCAACGAUGUGUGGGG